AUGCGGCGGCCCGCGCUCCCUGCAGGCCGACGCCUCCCCGCUCCUAGCCCCAGCGGCUGCAGCGGUUCCGCGCCGCUCCCCUGGCCACAGCCUGCCCUGCGUGCGGCGAAGAUGGCCGGGCAGCGCGGCGGCGCGCGGCGCCGCGGAGAGGCAGCGGGGUUGUUGUUAUACUACCCUAAUUUGCAGAUUUCACUCAAUUGGCUAGGCUACAGUUUGGAUUUAUUCACAUAUCCACAGCACUACUGUGGAGAUCUGGAAUAUGUGCUCAUACCUCAUGGUAUUAUUGUUGACAGGACAGAAUGCUUGGCCAAAGGCAUCAUGCAAGACAUUGGAGACAAUAACAUUGUGGUUCUCUGUGUACUUAAAGGUGGCUACAAGUUUUGUGCUGACCUUGUGGAGCACAUUAAGACUCUCAGUAGAAAUUCAGAAAGGUCUAUCUCCAUGAAAGUUGACUUUGUCAGACUGAAAAGUUACCAAAAUGAUCAGUCUACACAAGAUAUGCAGAUAAUAGGAGGAGAUGAUCUUUCAAAGCUGACUGGAAAGAGUGUGUUAAUUGUGCAGGAUAUUAUUGGAACUGGGAGGACUAUGAAGGCUCUGCUUAAUAACAUAGAAAAAUACAAGCCAAAGAUGAUUAAGGUGGCAAGUUUGUUGGUGAAAAGAACAUCCCAAUCUGGUGGGUACAGACCUGACUAUUAUGGAUUUGAAAUUCCAAAUUUAUUUGUGGUAGGUUAUGCCUUAGACUACAAUGAGCACUUCAGAGAUCUAAAUCAUGUGUUAUCAAUGACAACGGCAAAGGAAAAUACAAAGUCUGAAGUAGUAGCAUCCUAGCCUGAAGAUCUGUAAAUUCAGUGAACUAGAAAUUGGACUACAAUCCUUGAAACUUCUCUCUGAAAACUAAUUUAGUAGACUUCUAUGUUUCUUUCAUCUCAGUAUAAAAAGUGGUUUCCUCUAAGGAUAUUGACUUUGGUAUUCAAAAGUGAGUGCUCUUCUCUAAAUAUGAAGCAUUGGGCUUUUAAAUUACAACAUACUGUGUCUUGUGACUAAACUAUCUUCCUAUAAACUUGUGAAUACACCUUUUCUACAUUUAGUUGGUCACACUAAAUCAUUUGUUGUUUUUACAGUUUGUAUACCUUGGAAUGUCGUAUACAGUUGCUCAGCCAUGCUGCAAAAAUAUAUUUUAUUCAAAUAAAAUCCAACACUAAUGUGCAGUUUUAAUUCAUACACUGUUAGGUUUCAAAUGAAUUUGUGUGUUUUUGUGUAUUUCUGACAGACCACUAUUAUCUGCUCCAUUAGAAUAUUUUGAACUACAGUUUACACUGAAUCUUAAUGAUGUUAUGAAAUAAACCUUUAGAGGACAUUCUCUUGAUUUGAACUUUCAAGAUGCAAUGAUAAUCGUGUGUCAUAUGUAUGGAUGUACUCAACUGUGUUUUAAUAUACUGAAUUCUUAAUUGAAAGAAAACAAUGGUGGUGAGGUUUCAGUUUCUAAACUGCGUCCUUUUAUUUGUAUGGGACAUAAGUCACAGAAUUAACAAUGUUUUCAAGGGCAUAUUUCCAUAAUUAAAAAUAAUAAAGUACAAAAGUUUAA